AACAGCUUCCGCCCAGGCUCCAGGGGAGCAGCGCAGGAUGUCUCCCAAGACUCGCUGUUCCCUUGUGUUAUUCAGCAGCGAUGCAGAGCAGUAUUACACGCUGUCAGAUGAUGAGAGCAGCUCCUUCCAUUCUCCAGGGACCAUUGUGAGUCCGGAGCAGUUGAGCAGCCAGUUUGGUUCUGGGGAUGAGGUGGGGGAUUCAGUCUCCCACAGAGGUGCCCUGGGCACCACCACAGUCCGAAGAAAAAAACCCAAGAGCCGGGCCAGGGUUAAAAGUGAAGCAGCAGCCAGCAAGCAGAGGAGAAGCAGACGGAUAAAGGCAAAUGAUCGUGAGAGGAACCGUAUGCACCACCUGAAUGAUGCUCUGGAUGCUCUGCGGGCAGUGCUGCCCAGUUUCCCAGAUGAUGCCAAGUUGACCAAGAUUGAGACGCUGCGCUUUGCCCACAAUUACAUCUGGGCACUGACAGAAACGCUACGGCUGGCAGAACAGGGGCGUGGGCAAUGUGCCAGUGGGAUAGCUGCGUCAGAGCUGGGCAGCCCCCAGAGCCUCUACUCACCCUCAUCCCAUGACUGUGAUUCCCCACAAUCCCCCCAGAGAGGGCUUAUGUGCCGCCUGCUGGAGUCCAGUGCCCCCUUCAGUGACUUCAUCUGAUUGCAGCCCCAGUGGACUCUUCCUGUGCUGUCACUGCCUGGAGAAAUGUAUCUCCUCUAAACCUCCAAGCCAACUCUCCGCCCCCUCCCCACCAGGGCUGCCUCCUCUGAUGAUGCUAUCUCUCUAGUUUUUUGUUCAAAAACAUUAUCUGGGGAGGUCAUGGUAAUGUCAUUAAACCCAAAGCCACCCCUGCAUGUUCUGGGGAUGAGGGUUCAAUUCCCACUUUGGCAGGUGGUGAAACUUGAGUUCAAUAAAUGUCUGGAAUUGAAAUGUAGUCUAAUGGUGACCUUGAAACCACAGUCAAAAAUUAUUUUAAA